GCUCGGCCUGGGCUUCGGCGCUCUGGGCUCCGACUCCGGCUCCGGCCCCGGCCCCGGGAAGCGWUCGCGGCCGCCACCGCCGCCGCCGCCGCAGGAGCCUGCGGGAGUCGGGCGGGAGCCGCGUCCCUGCGGAGCGGGCCUGUGAGAGCGGGCGGCCGGGCCUCGGCGGCGUCCGCGGCCUGCCCGCGCCCGCCUCCGGGCCUCCGGCCGCCAAGCCACCGCAGCCGAGAUGGGGUCCGCCGCGGGCCGCGCCCCCGCCGGGGCUCGCCCGCCGCGCCGCCGCUGAGCGCAUGGGCCGCGCUGCUCCGGGAGCCGGGCCCGAGGCCGCGCCGCCACAGCCGUCGCGCGCCGGACAGAUUGCCUCCCCUUGGAGCCGUAAGUACUGAUGUAUUAGGGUGCAGCGCUCGUUGUUCAUUGACGCAGAGUCCCAGAAUGAGUGUCCAGGAGCAGGGUUUCCCCUUGGACCUUGGAGCAAGUUUCACUGAAGAUGCCCCCCGGCCCCCAGUGCCUGGUGAGGAGGGAGAACUGGUGUCCACAGACCCAAGGCCCAUCAGCCACAGUUUCUGCUCUGGGAAAGGUGUCAGCAUUAAAGGCGAGACCUCAACAGCCACCCCGAGGCGCUCAGAUCUGGAUCUGGGGUACGAGCCUGAGGGCAGUGCCUCUCCUACCCCACCGUACUUGCGGUGGGCCGAGUCACUGCAUUCCUUGCUGGACGACCAGGAUGGGAUCAGCCUGUUCAGGACUUUCCUGAAGCAGGAGGGCUGUGCUGACCUGCUGGACUUCUGGUUCGCCUGCAGUGGCUUCAGGAAGCUUGAGCCCUGUAAUUCAAACGAGGAGAAGAGGUUGAAGCUGGCAAGAGCCAUCUACCGAAAGUAUAUCCUGGAUAGUAAUGGCAUCGUGUCCAGGCAAACCAAGCCAGCCACCAAGAGCUUCAUCAAGGACUGUGUCAUGAAGCAGCAGAUCGACCCUGCCAUGUUUGACCAGGCCCAGACGGAGAUCCAGUCCACCAUGGAGGAGAACACUUACCCGUCCUUUCUCAAGUCUGACAUUUACUUGGAAUACACGAGGACAGGCUCGGAGAGCCCAAAGGUCUGCAGUGACCAGAGCUCAGGGUCAGGGACAGGGAAGGGCAUAUCUGGAUACCUGCCCACUUUGAAUGAAGAUGAGGAGUGGAAAUGUGACCAGGACGCGGUGGAAGAGGAUGAUGGCAGAGAUGGUGCCCCCCCCAGCAGGCUCACUCAGAAGUUGCUCCUGGAGACAGCCGCCCCGAGGGCCUCAAGUAGACGGUACAGCGAGGGCAGAGAGCUCAGGUAUGGACCCUGGCGGGAGCCAGUGCACUCCUACUACGUCAGCUCCGGCUGCGCCCUGGCCCCCGCCGCCAGUGCCAACGACAGUGAGCAGCAAAGCCUGUCCAGCGAUGCUGACACCCUGUCCCUCACAGACAGCAGUGUGGAUGGAGUCCCCCCAUACCGGACCCGUAAGCAGCACCGUAGGGAGAUGCAAGAGAGCAUCCAAGUCAACGGGAGGGUACCUCUACCUCACAUUCCUCGUACCUACCGAAUGCCAAAGGAGAUCCGCGUGGAGCCACACAAGUUUGCUGAGGAACUUAUCCACCGCCUGGAGGCUGUCCAGCGCACGCGGGAGGCUGAGGAGAAGCUGGAGGAGCGGCUGAAGCGUGUGCGGAUGGAGGAAGAAGGUGAGGAAGGAGACCUCCCCUCUGGGCCCCCGGGGCUGAAUCACAAGCUGCCUCCUGCCCCAGCCUGGCACCACUUCCCACCCCGCUAUGUGGAUGUGGGCUGUGGCGGGCUGCGGGAUGCCCAUGAGGAGAACCCCGAAAGCAUCCUGGACGAGCAUGUGCAGCGGGUCAUGAGGACACCUGGCUGCCAGUCCCCUGGGCCUGGCCACCGCUCCCCCGACAGUGGGCACAUGGCAAAGAUGGUGACAUUGGGGGGUGCAGCUUUGGGCCAUGGGAAGCACAUGCCCAGGUCCGGGAUGAAGCUGGAUGUGGCUGGCCUGCACCACCACAGGCACGUUCAUCACCACCUGCACCACGGCACAUCCAGGCCCAAGGAGCAGCUGGAGGCCGAGGCUUCUCGCAGAGCCCAGAGCAGCUUCACAUGGGGCCCAGAGCCUCACGGUCACGCAACCAAGUCCCGUGGUUGCUCAGAGAAUACAGGCGCUAUCCCCAACACUUGUGACCUGGCCUGUGGGGGAAAGGCAGGCGCAGCUUCCAAAAGGAGCUCCAAGAAGGUGGACCCUGGGAAGAGUGGCAGCACCGAGGUGCCGGGUCCUGCCGAGGACGCAGAGAAGAACCAGAAGAUCAUGCAGUGGAUCAUCGAGGGGGAGAAGGAGAUCAGCAGGCACAGGAAGGCUGGCCAUGGGUCUUCGGGAGCGAGGAAGCAGCAGGUUCACGAGAGCUCCARGCCCUUGUCCGUCGAGCGCCCUGGGGCUGUGCACCCCUGGGUGAGUGCCCAGCUCCGCAAUGCUGUACAGCCCUCACAUCUCUUCAUUCAAGACCCCACGAUGCCUCCCAACCCGGCCCCCAACCCCUUGACCCAGCUGGAGGAGGCCCGCAGGCGUCUGGAAGAGGAGGAGAGAGCCAGCAAGCUGCCCUCCAAGCAGAGGUAUGUGCAGGCGGUUAUGCAGCGGGGACGCACCUGCGUCAGGCCAGCGUGCACACCUGUGCUGAGCGUGGUGCCAGCCGUGUCGGACUUGGAGCUCUCCGAGACAGAGACGAGGGCGCAGCGGAGGGCGGGCAGCGGAAGUGCCCAGCCCUGCGACAGCAUCGUUGUGGCCUACUACUUCUGCGGGGAGCCCAUUCCCUACCGGACCCUGGUGCGGGGCCGCACAGUCACCCUGGGCCAGUUCAAGGACUUGCUGACCAAGAAGGGCAGCUACAGGUACUACUUCAAGAAGGUGAGCGACGAGUUCGACUGCGGGGUGGUGUUUGAGGAGGUUCGAGAGGACGCGGCUGUCCUGCCCAUCUUUGAGGAGAAGAUCAUUGGCAAGGUGGAGAAGGUGGACUGACAUGAGGCCAGCAUAGCACAGCUUCGGAGCCUGGGGUCGCGGGGAGUACCCAGCAGUGCCCUUGGUACCUCAGAGCAGUCCCAAGGCUGGUCUGUCCUGCCCAGGAGAGGGAGGCCCACCAUAGCAAUAGCAGAGUCCCCGAGCCAGGCUACCUGCCUGGAGCUGCAGGAGACCCCAGCAGCCCCUGCUGCCCACCUCGCAACCCGCAGGCCUCACUGGUCCCGAACGCCAGUGUCACUGCUCCCCCUGGACUUGCCCCGGCACCCGGUCAGGCCCAGGCUGGGUGCAGGGGCCCCUGCAGAUUGUACUUGUCACUGAGUGCCUUCAACAUGCCCUCUCUCGCCUGUCACUGUGUGAAUCCCGCAAUGAGCACUGUGGGGCCUGUCUCUGGCUGCCAGCUCAGCGGGUGGGGACCCUCCUUUCUAAGGGCCCAUGUAAAUAUGUACAUUUCUCAGGCCAGGGCCAGCAGGGGGCUGACCCAGCCGUUUUCCAUGCAAUGACUUGUACAAUGAUCUUUUCAAGGUACUUGGAUAGUAAUGAAAUAAAAGUUUUUGGAGCUG